AAAACCACAUCAUUACUAUCCACAUCCAUGUUCCUACCAAUAUAUGCAACUAUGGAGAAAGCUUUCACCUCUUUUCUCUUGUUGCUUCAGUACUAUGUUAUAAGUAGUUCAGCCAUGACCCAACUUAACAUCUCCACUGAUCAAUUAGCUCUCCUUUCCCUGAAAUCUCAAAUCAUUUCGGACCCCCUUCACUACUUGGAUGAAAGUUGGUCUCCAGCUACGUCUAUUUGUCACUGGGUUGGAGUGACUUGUGGCUCCCGCCACCAGCGAGUGAAGUCCUUGAAUCUUUCCAACAUGGCUCUUACGGGCAUAAUACCCCGUGAACUUGGGAACCUCACAUUUCUUGUUUCUCUUGACUUGGGAAGCAACAAUUUCCAUGGAAAUUUGCCUCAAGAAAUGACACACUUGCAUCGUCUUAAGGUUCUUGACUUAAGUUUCAACAGCUUCAGCGGGGAGGUUCCCUCUUGGUUUGGGUUUUUACACCAACUUCAAGUACUAAACCUUGGAAAUAAUAGUUUUACUGGUUCCAUCCCUUCUUCAUUUUCUAAUAUUUCCAAACUUGAGACUUUGAAUCUGAAAUUCAAUUCCAUAGAGGGUCAAAUACCAAAAGUCAUUGGGAGUCUUGUUAACCUUAGAGUAUUAAACUUGGGAGGUAACAAGCUUAGAGACUUUAUUCCUACGUCACUCUCAAAUGCCUCAAGAUUGGAGACUUUGGAGAUAUCUUAUAAUUCACUUCAAGGAAACAUUCCAGAAGAGAUCGGCAAUCUUCACAACAUGAAAGUGCUAUCCGUACAAGUUAAUCAACUUACGGGUUCUAUACCUUUCACAAUUUUCAAUAUUUCAAGUAUUGAAGUCAUUGCACUUGCAAGCAAUAGUUUAUCAGGACAUCUUCCCAAUGGUUUAUGCAAUGGUAUCCCAAUAAUCAAAGGGCUUUAUUUAUCCACAAACAAGCUUCAAGGUCAUAUGCCUACAAGCUUAUCCAGUUGUUCUCAACUUCAAAUUUUGUCUUUAUCGGAUAAUGAGUUUGAUGGACCAAUACAUAGUGAAAUUGGAAGAUUGAGUAACUUGCAGAUAUUAGAACUCGGAACCAACCAUUUCUCUGGGAUAAUUCCACAAGAAAUUGGAAAUCUUGUUAAUUUGGUGGAGUUAGCCAUGGAGAGAAACCAGAUUACCGGCUCUGUCCCGAUCUCCAUAUGCAAUAUCUCGUCGCUUCAAAUUUUGUCAGCGUGGCAGAACAAUCUUAGUGGAUUGUUACCACGGGAGAUUGGCAACUUAACCAAGAUGCAACAUCUACAGAUUAGUGGAAAUAAGUUUAUAGGUGAAAUACCCAAAGAGAUAAGCAAUCUCGUUGAGUUGGAUGAACUUGAUCUUUCGAUUAACAGUUUUAGAGGUUCACUUGAUAUGGAGAUCUUCAACAUAUCAGGGCUGAGAAUAAUUGAUCUUUCAUUCAACAAUCUAUCAGGAAGCCUCCCACCAAACAUAGAUUCUAUAUUACCCAACAUUGACAGACUUUUUCUGGCUCGCUUAACCAAUCUUGUUGGGACUAUUCCUCAUUCCAUCUCCAAUUGUUCCAAACUUACUAUUCUAGGUCUUUCAGGCAACAAACUCAGUGGUUUGAUUCCCAACUCACUUGGAUAUUUGACUCACUUACAGUACCUAGACUUGGAGAGAAACAAUUUAACAAGUGAUUCAUCAUUAAGCUUCCUGACUUCCUUAACCAAUUGUAGAAAUUUAACAUUUCUUGAUAUAUAUAUGAACCCUCUAAAUGGCAUUCUUCCAGUCUCUGUAGGGAACCUUUCCACAUCUCUUAUAAAAUUUUACACCGACAGUUGCAAGAUCAAAGGGCGAAUUCCAAAUGGUUUUGGGAACUUAAGCAGUUUAUUAUUCCUUGAUCUUUCUGGAAACAGCUUGGUUGGAUCGAUUCCCACAUCAAUUGGUAACUUGGAAAACCUUCAGCGCUUUGACUUGAGUGACAACAAAUUAACAGGAUUUAUUGGAGAUAAUCUUUGUAAAAUGCAGCGUUUGGGUGCUUUUUACUUCAGUCAAAAUCAUUUUUCAGGAACUCUUCCGAAUUGUUUAGGAAAUGUUACUUCCCUUAGAGAGAUAUAUCUGGAUUCCAAUAAAUUGAGUUCCAAUAUACCAUCAAGCUUAUGGAGUCUUAAGGAUCUAAUGGUCCUUAACUUAUCGUCAAACAACAUGGUCGGUUCAUUACCUCCAGUAAUUGGAAAUCUAAAGGCCGCAACACUGAUAGAUCUGUCAAUGAAUCAAUUCACUAAUGGAAUUCCUAGAGAAAUUGGAGGAUUGCAAAAUUUGGCACACCUUUCGUUGAGACACAACAAGUUGCAAGGAUCUAUACCGGACUCAGUGAGCAACAUGGUAGGUUUGGAAUUCCUAGACCUUUCUCAUAACAAUAUAGCUGGAAUCAUUCCCAAGUCUUUGGAGAAACUUCUAAACCUGAAAUAUUUCAAUGUUUCUGUCAACAAAUUGCAUGGUGAAAUACCCUCAGGGGGUCCUUUCAAAAACCUCUCGAGUCAGUUUUUCACCGACAAUGAAGCAUUGUGUGGUUCUUCAAGAUUUAAUGUCCCAUCAUGCCCAACUUCAUCAAAACACAAAUCAAACAGGAAGAAAUUGCUAGUUCUAUAUCUUUUUCUAGGACUUGUAAUUUUAUUUGUCCCUAUCAUAUUUGUGUUUGUAUGGAUAAGGUAUAGAAGAGGUAAAAGAGCUCCUCAACAAGCUGAUGAUUCAUUGUCUACAAAGAAACGAGAAAGAAUUUCAUACUAUGAACUGCUCCAAGCAACAGACGAUCUUAGUGAGAGUAAUCUGAUUGGUUCUGGAAGUUUUGGCUCAGUUUACAAAGGCAUUCUCAAAAGUGGAACUGUCGUUGCAGUUAAAGUGUUCAAUCUGCAACUGGAUGCGGCAUUCAAGAGUUUUGAUACGGAAUGUGAAGUUUUGCGUAGCCUUCGCCAUAGGAAUCUCGUAAAAGUCAUUACUAGUUGUUCCAAUAAUGAUUUCAAGGCUUUAGUUCUCGAGUAUAUGCCUAAUGGCAGUCUUGAGAAAUAUUUGUAUUCGCACAACUACUUCCUCAAUACGAAGCAGAGACUAAGCAUAAUGAUAGAUGUGGCAUGUGCUUUGGAAUAUCUUCACCAUGGGUGCUCGUCGCCUGUGAUCCACCGUGAUCUGAAACCUAGUAACGUCUUGCUGGAUGAGGAUAUGGUUGCCCACCUCAGCGACUUUGGCAUUUCAAAACUGCUUGGUGAAGAUCAGGGGGAUUUAUACACUAAAACCUUAGCAACAUUGGGGUAUAUAGCGCCAGAGUAUGGACUGGAUGGACUAGUGUCAACAAAGUGUGACGUCUAUAGUUAUGGGGUCAUGUUGCUGGAAACGUUUACUAGGAGAAAGCCUAAUGAGUUUGAAGGAGAUCUUAGCUUGACGCAAUGGGUGAGUUAUUCACUUCCAGAUGCUGUAAUGGAUGUCGUAGAUACCAAUUUGGUAACACCAAUGGGCAAAGGCUUACAGAAGGAGCUAGAUGUUGUGGCAUCAAUCAUGAAAGUAGCAUUAGAUUGUUGUGCUGAAUCUCCGGCAAGAAGGACUAACAUGAAAGAUGCUGUAGGAAUGCUACAGAAGAUCAAGAUUCAACUUCUUGCCUGUUGAACAUUUUUACAAUGGUUCUCUUUCAUCUUUUAGCACUUGAUUUGUGCGUGAUUCUGUUUUCAGAAAUUCUAGCUGGUUGCAAUAAAUCUGAAUGAGAUUGCUAGUUA